CAAAACAAACCGCGUAUAUAGCGCACGUGCGUUGAUAGUAGAAUUGGUAGAAUAAUAUACAUGAAUUUUUAAAAACGUUUACUUCAAUCCAUAUUUUUCCAGUAAUUUCCAAUCUCUAAAAUGGCAAGAAUUCAAAUGUUAAACUUUUGCAACAAAUCACAAUCAGAAGAAAGUUUAAAAAAUUCUGAACUUCACGUUCUCAUCAACAACUGCAGCUGGAAGGAAUGUUUCGAAAGCGAAGGGUUCAGAUUUAACCCCGACAAGCUAUCCGAGACAGACCGUGAGGAUUUACUGAAGGCGGCAAUAAUUGCUUUGGGUGCCUUUAUACAGAACAAUUUUCUGGGUCCCAAACAAACCUGCGAAAAGGCAAUCACUAUUGUCGAAGGUAUUGAUUACCGAGACAAGCUUAGAUCCGAUGGAGAAGAGUUGAAUGUCAACGUGUUUAGCCCAGAGCUGUUAUACAUGUGCAAAAUUAUCUUCGAUGGUCUGGUACUGGCUGAUAAUGAAAUUGAAUUGGAAUUCGAUGAAGCUGUUUGGUAUUUGCGAUUUUUAGUAACCUAUCAAAGAUGUUUGGACGACUUAACUCAUAGCCUUUACGUUAAAUUUGACCGUUUGGUAAACUUUUUGGAAAGUCGUUUUGAUUCAUUGGAUAAUAUGAAUUGGAAAAUUCAAACUCAUUUGGAGAUUCUUCAAGGAUACAUUCUAUUCAAACGUGUUUCCAAAUCGGCACGAUGGAUGACCCGAUUGGAGGAGUUGAGCGGAAUAAAAAUAUCGAUUGAAGGUGUCCUUGGUGUAAGGACAAAAUACCAGCAGAACCCACUACCCCAACUAACCCUGCGAACGGAAGGGUCGGAUGCUCUGGGACUACCCUCUUCGAAGGAAACUCAUGGUCAUGUGAGCUUACCGACUGUACUGAAAUUGGAUGAUGAUUUGCGUUUGGAGAAGGUGCAAUUUGUAGUUGAGCACGAAAACGACUCCGUUCAGUUACCGAGUCUUAUUCAGCAAAUCGUGCUUACAAAAGUAUUGUACUUGAAAGUUUCUCAGCCAAAAGAUACUCUAGCAGAUGAAGAACUUAAACCGUACCUCACCUCGUUGCUGUAUCAGAGCCACGGUCCCUGGUCAACGAGAGUUGCAGCAUUGUUCAUGAACAUCGAACAAGAGGCCAACCACAAACGAACUGUAGAUCGUUCGCUGAAACAGUGUGAGGAGCUAGUAUCCCUCCUAGAAUCGGCCCAGCCAACUCCUAUGGCAGAUCGGUUUUCUUUAGCUUUUUGUUCAGCUUUAAUUCCACGAUGGCUCAUUAAGGCCAGAUUAGGCGAUUUGAUGAUUAGCUUGGGCUUGAUCAAGUCUGCUUUAGAUUUGUUUUUGGAACUCCAACUGUGGGAGAAUGUUAUUGCCUGUUACAACCAUUUGGAACUACGCCACAAGUCGGCUGAAAUUAUUCGCCAGGAAAUAGACAAGAAACCUACGGUGACACUGUUCUGCUUGCUAGGUGAUGCCACUGACGACAUCGAAUGUUACCGGAAGGCAUGGGAACUAUCCAACGAGAGCAGUGCUCGUGCCCAGCGCCAUUGGGGAAACUAUUAUUUCGCGAGGAAACAAUAUUCGGAAGCAAUUGUUCAUUUGAACAAAUCGAUCGAU